UCUCAACCUCCGUCUCUCCAUCAUAAUCACCAUGGCCGACGUUAAGCGCCCUACUUCGCCCGGAUCCGCCGCCUCGGGCUCGGCCUUUGCCGUUGCGCGCCCGCACGGCGCCAACGCCGUCCGGUGAGUCCUAGUCGCGCGAACGCGUGUCGGAGUAGGAGUCGAUGCUGACGCUGUCCUCUUCUGAUAUCGCACUGCGUUGAUUGCUGCACCCCGUAUUCCUCCACGUCUCCGCCUUGCCUUCGUCGUCUGGUCGCAUGCCGCGUCCGUCGCUCGCCUUCGCUUCAUCACGUUGUGCCCUCACUCGCGCGCCCUCGACGACUCCAAUCCCCGCGUCAUUCGCGCAUUCGCGCCCCUCGAACGCUACCCCCUGCUUCGGAUCCGCAUGCAGUCGCCGUGCCCCCGCUGCCCCCCGUCCAACGUCGGCGCGUGCGGCCGGCGCCGGCGGCUCGAGCAACACCAUGCUCAAGCUUUACACUGACUCCGGCGAUGUUGGCCUCAAGGUCGACCCCUUUGUCGUCAUUGUUCUCGCACUCUCCUUUAUUGCGUCCAUCUUCUUCCUGCACAUCGCCGCCAAGAUUGUGCGCGUUUUCACGAGCUAGAUCUGGGUUGUACAUGCAUUCGUUUCGUGGCUUCUAGACCACGGGGUACAACGUUGUCACAAUCUUUGACGAGCUGAU